AUGGAGGAUGCAGAAGGGAGUAAUCUCUUGUCGGUUGACUUGCGCAACUGGUGCAGAGGAGAAGGUAUAGACCCUGCUCAUGCUGUAAUGUUAACUGGUAUAAGAGAAGACACUGAGAUAGCACAUAUUGAGGAAGCCUUGCAUGGUAUUAAAGUUUUAGGACGUGUCAGAGUAAGGGGCAAAAUGUACAGCCCUACACAGAGGAGUUUAAAGGUGCUUUGCGAAUGCCGAUCUGAGGUGGAUCCAGCAGCACUUCCCCCAGAAGUCCUACCUAAUGGUGGGGAGGGGGGUGUUUGGAAACUGGUGACUACCAAUAGAGUGAGUGGUAGCCCAGAAAGUUUCGCUGGAAAAUUUGAAAAACUACUUAAAGAUGAAGGGAUGACUAUGGACGAUGUACAAGCUCUGUACAUGCGUGAUAAGUCUGGUCAAAGUAACCCAGAGUCUAUUAUUCGGGCUGUUGGGGAGCUGAUAGGAAAGACAGUCAGGCCCUCAAAUGAAAAUAAUGCCUAUAGGCGUUUAAGGUUUUUUUCUGGUGUGAGUCCCACACCUGCAGGUGAAGAAGGCUUGGAUGUUUGGGCUGAUCAAGCAAGGCUUAUGGUGGAUGAAUGUGACUGCUCCGAUAAAGAAAAGCGGAGGAGGCUAAUUGAGAGUCUGAAAGGGCCAGCUUUAGAAGUCAUUCAAGCCGUAAGAGUGGCUAAUCCUGAUGCUCGGCCUGCAGAAUAUAUUGAGGCUGUAGAAAAUAUAUUUGGGACAACUGAGUCAGGGGAAGACUUAUACAUUGCAUUUAGGAUGCUACGUCAGCAAAGAGGGGAACUAUUGUCUACGUUCCUUAGGAGGUUAGAGAAGUUACUUGCUAAAGUAGUGCGGAAAGGAGGUCUUUCGGCUGAUCUAGCAGAUAAAGCCCGGGUGGAACAGUUAUUAAGAGGGGCUACUGAGUCUGAAAUUAUGCUGUUACAUCUCAGGCUAAGGGAGAGAAAGCAAAACCCCCCAUCUUUUUUGAAGCUGCUCACAGAAAUUCGUGAGGAGGAAGAAUGGGAAGAGCGUAGACAACAGUCCAGUUGGAGCACAAAACAACCCCGAGUUCGCUCAGCUCGUGUGUAG